UCAACAUGGAGUUUGUUGUGGAGAUAGAACACGUGAGUUCGUCGUGUAACCGUUGCCCACAUUCAUUAGAUUGGGGAAGAAAUGGCUUAAUUUGUUAUGGAUCUGGGAGCUCUGUUGUUUUAUUAAAUCCAUGGAAAAGUUUUUCAAGCACCACAGGGCAGCCUAUACAAACUGCUGUGCUACAUACAAAUCAAGUAACUUCAGUCAGGUGGAUACAACAUGGACAAGAAUUUUACAUUCUAUCGACAUCAGUUGAUAAGACUGCUAUAUUAUCGAAGCUGAAAGAUGCCACUCUUCAAUAUGAAGUGAUUUUUAGUGGUCAUGCUAGUGUGGUGUCUAUUGCCGAUGCAGUUUGGUUGCCAGGAGAUCCACAAACUUUGUUAGUUGUGACAGCCUCAGCUGAUUCAACAAUGAAAAUCUGGAAGAAAAUUGAGCAAACUGAACCAGCCUGUCUUCAGACAGUGUCAUUUGGAAAUGGAUUUGCUUUAAAUGUUAAAUUGACAUUGUUGCCUGGAACUACAG